AUGGAAGGACCUAGCUCAGGCCUUCAUGAAGUAGUACGGCCAUAUAACAGAUAUAGCACCGGACCGGAUCACACUCCAGAAUAUGGAGAAGAAGCCAAGCGAAAGCUUCCGGCAGUAUGCUCAGAGAUGGAGAGAGGUCGCUACAUAGGUCCAACCACCGUUGCUAGAAAAAGAAACAACCAUGCUCUUCAUCAAUACAUUGAAGGCCAGCAGGCCUCACCAAGACGGGAGCCUAAUAUGAGACAGAAUACAGAGAAGUUUCAAUUUACUCCUAUACCAGUGACAUAUAGGGAGUUGUACAAAAGUCUGUUUGAUGCACAUGUAAUGGCUCCUUUCCACUUAGAGCCGUUGCAACCCCCAUACCCUAAGUGGUACGAUGCAAAUGCUCAGUGCGAAUACCACGCAGGGAUUACGGGGCACUCGAUAGAAAACUGUACCUCAUUCAAAAGGUGCAUGGAAAGGCUUAUCAAAGUAGGUGUUCCAAAAUUUGAUGAUACACCUGGUACAGGAAAUCCGUUGCCUAGUCAUACUGAUAAAGGGGUAAACGCGAUAAUUGAGAAUGUGGGGAGAAAAGUCAAGCUGAAUAUCGCGGAGGUGAGAACCCCAUUGAAGCUAGUUUGGAAUGAAAUGCAGAAGAGAGGUUUAGUCCCGCAAGGGUUGGGAGAUAAAAUCCAAGAUACACGGAACUAUUGUGAGUUCCAUCAUGAGAAAGAUCACGAGAUCCAGAAUUGUAUUGAGUUCAGAGCCCUAGUACAGGGUCUAAUGGAUAAUAAGGAAUUGGAGUUCUUUAAGUCCGUCGAAGAGGGGGAUGUAUGCUCGCUAGGAGGAAAGUCGAGUGAAGAAGGCGGCAGAGCCAGCUGUCUAGUGAUAAUUAUUUCGAAGCCUAGAGUUAGUAAAGUAGAAGCAAGAAUUACACCAAGAGUUAUAAUUCAGAAGCCAACAGCUUCCCCUUAUAAAGAUAGCCAUAAGGUGCCUUGGAAUUAUAACUGUAGUAUAGCAGUUUCAAAGAAGGAGGGUUCGAUUAACACGCCAAACAUAGAAGCCGAACCAGCAAAAGGGAAACUCGUCAUGUUUAGGCAAGAAGCAGAGAGAUCAGAACCACUAGUUAAUGAGCCAGUAAUGGAAAAGGAAGCCAAGGAGUUCUUGAAGUUCCUAAAACACAGCGAGUAUAAUGUUGUGGAACAACUACACCAACAACCGGAUCGCAUAUCGGUAUUGGCUCUGCUGUUAAAUUCGGAGGUCCACCGCAACGCAUUGAUGAAAGUGUUGAAUGAAACCUAUGUUGCGGAUGACAUUUCAGUUAACAAAUUGGAUCGUCUCGUCAGCAACAUAAGCGCUGACAAUUUCAUCUCCUUCAGCGAUGAUGAGAUACCACCAGGGGGUAGGGGGUUUAUUAAGGCUCUAAAUAUCACUACACGUUGCAAGGGGUAUACGCUACCCGGAGCACUAGUUGAUAAUGGGUCCGCAUUGAACGUGUUGCCGUGGGCUACAUUAAACCGUUUACCUAUAGACAGUUCCUAUAUGAAGACGUGUCAGAACAUAGUAAGAGCAUUUGAUGGCACCGAAAGGAAAGUAAUGGGAAGAAUAGAAGUACCUCUUCAGAUUGGCCCAAACACGUACGAGGUAGAUUUCUUCGUGAUGGAUAUUAAGCCUUCCUAUAACUGUCUAUUAGGAAGACCUUGGAUUCAUUCAGCUGGGGCAGUGCCAUCCUCGCUGCACCAGAAGCUAAAGAUGGUUACUGAGGGUCGGCUAAUAACAAUAAAUGCAGAGGAGGACAUUAUUGCGUCAGUUGCCAGUGAUACACCCUACAUAAAGAAUGACAACGAAGCAGUUGAAUGUUCAUUUCGAUCAUUAGAGUUUGUAAACGCAACGUUUAUAGUUGAAGGAAACAGGAUUCCGAUACCUAGGAUAUCAAGGGCUACGAAAAUAAGCCUGCAGUUGACAGUUGGGAAAGGCGCGUUACCUGGCAGAGGACUCGGGAAGCACCUUCGUGGAAAAGUUAGAGUGCCAGUCUUGGUUGGCAAGUGGGAUCGCUUCGGUUUGGGAUUCAGGCCAGAUGCAAGCCAAGUGAAGAAGGAGUUUGAAAGGAAACAAGAACAGCGGAGAGCGAGAUUGAGAGGGACAGAAGUCAGGCCCCCGGAUGUCAACGUCAUGAGUAAUGCUGAUACGAGCCCGGAAUCUCCUUUUGAGCAAGACAUGCACUUUGAGGGAUUUCAAGAUUUUAAAGAGGACGAAGAUCGUGGUUUAUCUCUCGAUUUGUUAAGGAUGGUGGAGCGAGAAGAUGAACAGAUCCUGCCACACAAAGAGACUACUGAGAUUGUGGCCCUGGAAGAGGGGAAGGAAGUUAAAAUUGGCACUUGCGUUAACGAAAAAACAAGACAGAACCUCAUUGAGCUGUUGCAAGAAUUCAAGGACGUCUUUGCAUGGUCAUACCAGAUAUGCCCGGUUUAA